UACAGAGAGGGGAGCCGAGACCCUCGGAACGCCCCACGCAGAGCCCCCCCCCGCCAGCCAGGAGAGGGGUGCGCGGACCCCCCAGAGCUGCCUCCGCCCCCUCCCAUUACGGGCUCCGAGAGCUCAGCCUGAACGCCUUAGCCUGCUCACCCAGCGUGGCCCCCCAACCCGCGUACACCCCCCUCCCCGGGUCCGAGGGCGACUUGCGAAGCACCUCGGCGCGGAGGCAGGGAACCCGAGCCUUGGAUCGACCCAACCCCUCGUCUCGCUGCCCACCCGCGCCUGGAACGGGGCGCGGAGAUCCCUGCGAAGUCAAAGACCGAACAGCGGAGAAAAGAAGCGGCAGGCGGCGGACGUGGCCACGAAGCGGCGCGCCGGGGUGCAGCGCACCCGCCGCGGAACAGUGGAGCCGCGCCUUCCCCCAACCCUCGCGUCAACCCCGGGCGCCCGCCGCCUCCUCAGCCCUGCUGAGCUCUCGGCUAGGGGGCCGGCACCGGUGAUGCCGAGCGGAGCCUCCAGUCCUCCGACUCACUGAAGAAGCAGUAGCCGCUUGCUCAGGGCCGACGGAGACUGCGAGCGGAUCGUGCUUGGCUGUGGCUCGGGCUGCGGAGCGCGGGGACUCCGGGGGGAGGGGGGAGGGACCGAUCUGUCCGUGCCCCGGCGCCAGCCACGGCUUUGAAGGGUCUCCCAACCCGGCCCCUUAGCAGCUCCGCCACUGACUCCGGGAGGCUUCGGGCAGCGUCCAGGGGCUCCCCACCCGACCCGAUCGGACUUAAGAAGGUGAUCGCUCUCCUCUCCCUCCCUCCUUCCCGCUUCCUUCCCCCCACAUAACUUUUUGUCUUCACUUGUCCUCAGCUCCAUCCCUGCCCGCAAACCCACCCGCGGCUUUGCCAACCACCCGGAGCAUGGGCCCCCCAACACGAAUCUUGGAGGCCCCGCGGCGCCGCAAGAUAUGAGAGGCUCGUGUCGGGCAGAGCGAGAGCUUCGGGAGAGGAGCUGAUAGCCCCUAGCCUUCACAAGCCAGGCGAGGUGGCGUUGCGCGCUGCGCUCCCGCGGUGCUGAACCUCCCGGAGCGCCCAACCCAAGGCCGGAACGAGUAGCUGGCCGGAGGCGCGCCGCGGAGAGCAGGCUGUCAUGCCCUAUUGAUCCCCCCGCCCCCCGCCAAGUAUGUUUGGGCUGGACCAAUUCGAGCCCCAGAUCAACAGCAGGAACGCUGGCCAGGGCGAGAGGAACUUUAACGAGGCCGGACUAAGCAUGAACGCCCACUUUAAGGCCCCGGCUUUCCACGCGGGGGGACCCCCUGGCCCCGUGGACCCUGCCAUGAGCGGGCUGGGCGAACCCCCGAUCUUGGGCGUGAACAUGGAGCCUUACGGCUUUCACGCGCGCGGCCACUCGGAGUUGCACGCGGGGGGGCUGCAGGCGCAGCCGGUGCAUGGAUUCUUUGGAGGCCAACAGCCUCACCACGGCCACCCGGGAGGUCACCACCCCCACCAGCAUCACCCCCACUUCGGGGGCAACUUUGGCGGGCCGGAUCCUGGGGCCUCGUGCCUGCAUGGAGGUCGUCUGCUCGGCUACGGCGGAUCGGCCAGCGGCCUGGGCAGCCAGCCGCCCUUCGCCGAGGGUUAUGAUCACAUGGCGGAGAGCCAGGGGCCGGAGAGCUUCGGCCCGCAGCGACCUGGGAACCUCCCGGACUUCCACAGUUCGAGCGCCUCCGGCCACGCCGUGCCUGCCCCAUGCUUGCCGCUGGACCAGAGCCCUAACCGAGCCGCCUCCUUCCAUGGCCUGCCUGCCUCCGGCGGGUCUGAUUCCCACAGUCUGGAGCCCCGGAGGGUGGCGAACCAAGGAGCCGUCGACUCGCUGGAAUACAAUUACCCGGCCGAGGCGCCCUCGGGACAUUUCGACAUGUUUUCCCCCUCCGAUUCCGAGGGGCAGCUGCCUCAUUAUGCAGCGGGUCGUCAAGUUCCCGGGGGCACUUUCCCGGGUGCCUCGGCCAUGCCCAGAGCUGCUGGCAUGGUGGGCUUAUCCAAAAUGCACGCCCAGCAGCAGCAGCAGCAGCAGCAGCAACAGCAACAGCAACAGCAGCAGCAGCAGCAGCAGCAGCAGCAGCAGCAGCAGCAGCAGCAGCAGCAGCAGCAGCACAGCGUGUUCUUCGACAGGUUCGGAGGGACCCGCAAGAUGCCAGUGGGUCUGGAGCCUGGAGUAGGUUCCAGGCACCCGUUAAUGCAGCCUCCCCAGCAGGCCCCGCCGCCCCCUCAGCAGCAGCCCCCGCAGCAGCCACAGCAGCCGCCGCCGCCGCCGCCGCCGCCGCCGCCGCCUGGGCUUCUGGUCCGACAAAAUUCGUGCCCGCCUGCGCUCCCGCGGCCCCAGCAGGGCGAGGCGGGCACGCCCAGCGGCGGCCUGCAGGACGGGGGCCCCAUGCUGCCAAGUCAACACGCGCAGUUCGAGUACCCUAUCCACCGGCUGGAGAACCGGAGCAUGCACCCUUAUUCCGAGCCUGUAUUCAACAUGCAGCACCCUCCACCGCAGCAGGCGCCCAACCAGCGGCUGCAGCAUUUCGACGCACCCCCCUACAUGAAUGUGGCCAAGAGGCCGCGCUUUGACUUCCCGGGCAGCGCGGGAGUGGACCGCUGCGCUUCGUGGAACGGCAGCAUGCACAACGGCGCUCUGGACAACCACCUUUCGCCCUCCGCCUACUCGGGCCUACCCGGCGAGUUCACGCCACCUGUGCCCGACAGCUUCCCCUCGGGGCCACCCUUGCAGCAUCCGGCCCCGGACCACCAGUCCCUGCAGCAGCAGCAGCAACAGCAACAGCAGCAACGCCAAAAUGCUGCCCUCAUGAUCAAGCAGAUGGCGUCGCGGAAUCAGCAGCAGCGGCUGCGCCAGCCCAACCUGGCCCAGAUAGGCCACACUGGAGACGUGGGCCAGGGCGGCCUGGUACACAGCGGCCCAGUGGGUGGCUUGGCCCAGCCGAACUUUGAGCGCGAAAGCGGCGGCGCGGGCGCCGGGCGCCUGGGCACGUUCGAGCAGCAGGCUCCGCACUUGACGCAGGAGAGUGCGUGGUUCCCAGGUCCGCACCCACCGCCGGGUGACCUGCUGCCCCGCAGGAUGGGAGGCUCAGGCCUGCCCGCUGACUGCGGCCCGCACGACCCCGGACUGGCGCCGCCCCCUCCGCCUGGUGGCUCGGGGGUGCUGUUCCGGGGCUCUCUGCAGGAGCCGCUAAGGAUGCCCGGAGAGGGCCAUGUGCCUGCGCUGCCCUCCCCUGGCCUGCAGUUCGGGGGCAGCCUGGCCAGCCUGGGCCAACUGCAGUCGCCCGGGGCUGGGGUGGGGCUGCCCAGCGCACCCUCCGAGCGCCGGCCCCCGCCGCCUGAUUUCACAGCGCCCGCACUCGGAGGCCAGCCUGGCUUCCCGUUCGGCGCAGCGAACCGGCAGGCCACGCCGCACAGCGGCCCAGGCGUGAACUCGCCCCCGAGCACGGGCGGGGGCGGCGGCAGCACAGGCGGCGGCGGCGGCAGCGGGGGCGCAUACCCGCCGCAGCCUGAUUUUCAGCCUAGCCAGCGCACCUCGGCCAGUAAGCUGGGCGCACUCUCACUGGGCUCCUUCAACAAGCCUAGCUCCAAGGACAACCUGUUCGGCCAGAGUUGCCUGGCUGCACUUUCCACCGCCUGCCAGAACAUGAUCGCCAGCCUCGGGGCUCCCAACCUCAACGUGACCUUCAACAAGAAGAACCCGCCCGAGGGCAAGAGGAAACUGAGCCAGAACGAGAACGACGGUGCGGCGGUGGCCAGCAACCCAGGAUCGGAUUACUUCCCGGGAGGGACUGCUCCUGGGGCCCCAGGGCCCGGAGGCCCGUCGGGGACCAGUAGCAGCGGUUCCAAACCCUCCGGGCCGCCUAAUCCGCCCGCCCAGGGGGACGGCACCAGCCUCUCCCCCAACUACACCCUGGAAUCAACGUCGGGGAACGAUGGCAAGCCGGUCCCCGGGGGAGGCGGCCGGGGCCGGGGUCGCAGAAAAAGGGACAGUGGUCACGUGAGCCCCGGGACCUUCUUCGACAAGUACUCGGCGGCGCCGGACAGCGGGGGCGCGCCUGGGGUGAGCCCAGGGCAACAGCAGGCUCCAGGAGCAGCCGUCGUCGGGGGAAGCUCCACGGGCGAGGCACGCGGGGCGCCUACGCCUCACGAGAAAGCGCUCACCUCGCCGUCGUGGGGGAAGGGGGCCGAGUUGCUCCUGGGGGACCAGCCGGACCUUAUGGGGUCCCUGGACGGUGGGGCCAAGUCGGACGGUAGUUCCCCGCACGUGGGCGAAUUCGCCUCGGACGAGGUGAGCACCAGCUACGCCAACGAGGACGAGGUGUCAUCCAGCUCCGAUAAUCCCCCAGCCCUGGCCAAAGCGAGUAGGAGCCCCCUGGUGACAGGCUCGCCCAAACUCCCUCCCCGUGGGGUGGGCGCGGGGGAACAUGGACCGAAGGCACCCCCACCCCCGCUUGGCCUGGGCAUCUUGUCUACCUCUACCUCGACCCCUGACAGCUACGGCGGCGGGGGCACACCGGGCCUGGAGCAGGUCCGGACCCCGACGAGCAGCAGCGGUGCACCGCCACCCGACGAGAUCCACCCACUGGAGAUUCUCCAGGCACAGAUCCAGCUGCAGAGGCAGCAGUUCAGCAUCUCUGAGGACCAGCCCCUAGGGCUCAAGGGUGGCAAGAAGGGUGAGUGUGCCGUCGGGGCCUCCGGCGGCGUGCAGAAUGGCGACAGUGAGCUGGGCAGCUGCUGCUCCGAGGCGGUCAAGAGCGCCAUGAGCACCAUCGAUCUGGACUCGCUGAUGGCAGAGCACAGCGCCACCUGGUACAUGCCGGCUGACAAGGCUUUGGUGGACGGCCCAGAGGACGACAAGACGCUGGCGCCCUGGGAGAAGGCCAAACCCCAGAACCCCAACAGCAAAGAAGCCCUCGACCUUCCUGCGAACAAGGCCUCGGCAACCCAGCCCGGCAGCCACUUGCAGUGCCUGUCUGUCCACUGCACAGACGAUGUGGGCGAUGCCAAGGCCCGAGCCUCCGUGCCCACCUGGCGGUCCCUGCACUCCGACAUUUCCAACAGAUUCGGGACAUUCGUGGCUGCCCUAACUUGAAUUGACAAGAAAUACCCUCUCCCCAACCAGGCCCUUCCCUCCCCCAUCUCUCUCCACUCCCCCCUCCACCAGUCCCCAACCCCCACCCCACCCUGUUAAUUUGAAAGGGCCACUAUUGCUGAGUGGAUGAUUUUUUUUUAGGUUGGUACCUGCUUAGUGGCAUAUGGACCGGAAAGGGUUAAUUUAAAGGGAAAAAAAACCUCAAAAAAUUUUUUUAAAAAAGAAACUCAUCUGCCACGGUAUGUUACCAGUGUUAACCCUUCUGCAGUUAGCAAACUUUUGCUGAAGCCUUUUUCUUGCUAGAUAAUUCCCACUUUUCUGUAAUCUUGGCAUACGGUUUUUAGAUGACCUCUUUCCUUGUUUUAUUUUCGUGCUGCUGUAUGUCCAAGUAUUGUUAUUUCAUAAUAAGACAAGAGUUGCUUUCCUUUUUUGUUCUCUUUUAGUCCUGUUCCUUCCCAUCUCCCCCUCCCCCUGCCUGUUUUUUUUUUUUCCCCUUUUCCUUUUUUGCUUUGUUCACUGCUUAUUAAAAUGGAAAUCCUGGAGAAUAGUAGUUCUGGAAUAUUGGCGGGUGAGAGUCAAAUUGUCAUCACAAUAUUAUCUAUUGACACCCAACUGUCAUCAGUCAGGCAGGAGCCAAACAAUUAAUGCCCCCCUUAGGUAUUCCGCCUGGGAUUUUGUUUUGUCUGUUCCCUAAGAAAAUAGAGAUAUAUAUUUUCGUUCCUACCAACACAUGCUCAGCCUUCAGCUCCGUUCUCUCUUCUGCGGGAAGCUGCCUUUCACUGCGAUGGAGGUGAUGACGUGUCCAGCCCGCUCCGCGGGAAGGAGCCGGAAUGUUCGACAGUGGUGUUUUCUCUCCUUUUCUGGGCCUCUGCACAAAUGCCCAGACGCUGAAUUUUCACGCUGUGCCGAGCAGCCCUGGGCCGCGUGGGGAUGGUGCCCGUCCAACUUACAGAGUCUCCGGGAGCUCCAGGCUGUCAUCCCUGCCACAGCCGGGCCGCCUGCGUCUUGGGUGCUGGAGUUGAAGGAUCAGUUCUCAGCCCUGACCUUUCCUGAUUUCUGUUCCCAGCCAAGCAUCAGGGGAAGAAGGAGUGGAGAUGGGUUAUCUCCCUGACUUCUCCCUUUCCGUCUCCCCUCCAACCUGCACAGCCCCCAGUCCCUGGGAGGGACCAGGCUUUUGCCAGCACUUUUCCAGGCGCUUGUUGAGUGAAGGAGCCCCCAGGCUCAGCCUGCCAAGCCCCCCCGCCCACCUUCUCCAUGCCUGGGUGUAUUCUUUGCAGGGGUUUGCAGACUUCUAAGGGCCUGAGGAGGGAGAAAGGGACUGUAAUGAGUGACCUUGAUUCUUGGGUCUUUUUUGAACCCCAGAAUUCCACCCCCACCUUCCUUUUGAUUUAAUCUCACCCUGUUGCAAAACCAGAACCACGUCCCAUGUGUCUCGUGAGGGAAUAACUUCUUUGAGCAGCGGUGAGGGAGGGCUGGGUGAAGAGGGCGGCGGAGCAGGGCUCCUGGACCCAGCUGAGGCCUGUUACCUGGUCGCCUCAUGGUGGUGGUCAGCAGUCACGGUUGGGGGGGCGCCCAGCGUUGUCAGGGGGCGGGGGCAUCUUUGGGUGCUAUGGAUGACUCCAGAGGGCUUGUAUGCCUCAUGGUGGGUGCUGGGGGCAUGCAGAUUCCAGGGUGGGUCAGACAAGAAGUGACUGCUAUCACUUCACCCAAAUGGGUAACUCUUCUAUUUUAUUUCAGUUUCUGUUAACGAGCAUCUUACUAAAUGCUCCAUUUUGAGCCUUGCGCCCCCUCCAUCCUCCCCUGCUGACCCCGCCCCAUGUCCCCAGAGUUUGCAGACCCGGCUUUUUUUUAACAAGUGACCUGAAGGCUUUGGGCUCCCCAUACAACACCCACAUUGUUUAUUUCAAAGAACUUUUCAGCAAAGGGAGAAGAGCAUCCAGAAAAAUCUUGCUCUUUCUAGUCCCUCCUCCCAUCUUUCCUUCAGCCAGCCCUCUUGGCUCGGGCCUGAGUCUGCACGGUCCAAGGUUCCUGCAUGGGCAGCCUGAGAAGGGCUGACCCUGGCCCCCACAGAGCGCAGGCAGAAGCAGGCGGUGUGAACCGAUCUGCGAGAAGGUGGGAGUUGACUCAGUUCCUGGGUUCUGCCACCAAAGGAGAGAAAAGGGGAGGGAACGUGCCCCCUGUUACGGGCUGCAGGCGCGUCAGUCACAGUCUGAGCAAAACUCCUCACCCCUCUGAUUCCACAAUGUACAGCUGUUUGAGAGCUUCAUCCUUUUAUUCCUCAAACAGGAAUGAUUUCUCCUUAAUUGCUUAAGGCCGGGGAGCAAAGUGUCUUGACUUGUCUUUGACUUUUCUUGUGUUGAGUCCAUCAGCACACGACCAUCAGCUCGUGGUCCUGGCAGCCUCAGAAAUCCCUGAAGAUUUAAACGUUCUCGCUCCCCACGACCCCAGAAAGGAACAGCUUUAAAAAUAGCCUUAAGCAAAAGGAUGUUAUUUCAUUAAAUUUGGUUUAAUGGAAAGAAUAAAAGCAAAUUAAAAACACACCCAAUCCACCAGACUCCAAACACUGGUAAUCGGUACUGCAUAGCAAACUCUUCGGGAAAGAAUAUGAAAACGUUAUUGCACAUGUAAAAUAUGAGAACUUAACUCUGCUGUGUGUUAGGCAAUCCUGUAAUCUUUUUUGACUCUUAAAAGAAAUUCAUUUCUGAAAUGCUUGGUUGGAAGACUGUGACAAUAGCUCAUGAAAUUGAGUGUUAUUUUUUUCUUUCUUUUUUAAAAAAAAAUAUGUAAAGUGCAGUCUUCUGUAUUCAUGCAUAUUGUAUAUACCUGUAUAUGUUUUCCUGAGCAGCUAAAUAACAAUAAAUAUGACGUUAAU